ACUUAGACACAGUUCCGUAAAAGGAUACAGUAUAUUUGGGUUAACACUUAAUAAUUCUAUCUUACAUGAAUAAGUAUGUUCUCUUUUGGUUUCUUUGCCUGGACUUCAGCUACAUAGGUUUUUCUUAAAACUUGCAGGACAUUUUGGAACAAAGUCCUCCACUCAGUGGAUGCUGUAGAUUGCGACCCUAAACUCAAUAAUAAAUAUUUUUACCACAAUCCAACAAAUCAAAUAUGGAAUUCUGGAGAUAAUAGUAAAAUAGUAAUUACCUUCUAAUAAUUAAAAUUACUAUGUUUUGUUUGUAUAAUUUAUUUUCAAAUUACAGAAAUAAGUCCCUCAUGUAUUCCCAUGUGUUGCCGGAUUCUGUAUCUACCAGGUAUUAAUUUGUAGUGUUAACAGAUUUGCACAAAAAGUUCUCAGUCCUGCCUAUAAUUCCCUCUAUAAUGAAAACAAUAUUUAAACUCACAAAAAUAUAUAUUAAAUAUAUUUUAAAGGAUGUUUCAAACACCAUUUGUAUCAUGUUCUCCAUAGUUCCUUUGAUAGCCUAACUACUAUUGUAAAGGACUCUGAUUCUGAAAAGUUAAAUGAGGUUGGGCCUGAUUUGGAUGAGAGACCAUCAAGAAAUCCCUGAGCUGAAGAUUUGAUUGGAAGUAGAAAAGAUCCUGGAAGAAAGUAAUAGAAAAAUGCUUCAGUUUUACUAAGAAAACGACAUGGAUGUAUCAAGUCACCAGAGUUUGGGGGAGAUUGUGAUACUUAAGAGAAUUCUUAGGUGGAGACAAAAGCUUCAUAUAUCAUAAUUAAAGAAUAUUUUUGAUUUCUCAACCAUCUUUGUUGUAAAAGGGAGGAGAAUUUGCUAUUUGAGAAAAAAUGCUAUUGACUGAAACUAAAGCGCCUCAUUUAUUUGGUUUCACAUUUUACUAAAUAAUUUUGCAUCUUAAGCAUGGGCAUCUCCACUUCCAAAUUGUUAUCUCCUAACUGAUUAAUAAGAGUUCUGCUACAUUCCAGGAUAACAUUUUCUAUCUGUUGGAAAGGAAAAUUGUUAAUCUUGGUGUUCUGGGAAUGUUUAUGUGUACACAUUUGUACGCUAUAUACUUGUAUAUGCUUCUUUUAAAAAGGAUGCUUUUAAGUAUGUAAUGGAACAUUAAUGCUUAAGUUACAUCUUUGUUCAGUAGUACCAGGUUUUUCCAUAUAUCAGCAGAUACUUUUAAUCAUAUGUAAGAGACCAUCCUGUUCCAUUUUUAUUCCCAUGGAAGAUAUUCUGUUCAUAUUAAAAGCAAUAACCUUAUGUUCCAGUCCUAAAUAGAACGGAAGUGAGGAACUUCUUCCAGACACACAGGAUUUCCUUGCUAUUCAUUAUUUUCUUUAUUGCUUUUACUUGAUGUAAAUUGCCCAAAGUUAUUCUGAGUCAGUUGGCCUAUAAAUCUCACAGUUUCUUUAUUGCUGGCAUAAAAUAUUUUAAAGCACAGGACACUGGCUUUUUAUUUCCACACAAAUGAGUUAGAAAGAUAACUCAUCUUUUUGAACAAUAUUUCAGUUUGCUGUCAGAAAAGCAGAUAUCUAGACCCCAAACAUUUCUGCAAUUACAGCAACUGCUGACUAGUGAAGAAGGAAUAGAAGAAACUACUAGACAAUGAGCUGAAAGAGCCUAAUAAUAGAUUUGAUACUACAUUCCUACAGGGGCUAACAAAAUCAUGUUUCCAAGUGAAGAAGCAUCUUGUAAUAUCAAUAUAGAAGGCUUUGUAAUGCUCUGUCCUAUGGUAAAAUAUAUUCCUGUGUACUAAGUUGAUAACACACUACUGGAGUUGUCUCCCUUGUUUCCAUUUGAACACUGCCUUAUAGUUAAUUAAAUGUAUCAAAUGAUAUCAAGUAAUUGAUAAGGAUUUUCCAUCAGAACUGAUUUUAAACUUGAUAUCAGUUUAAAAUAGAAUUGAUCUAAACUUUUAUUCUAUUUGUAUAUGGUCAAAUUAAUGAACACCCUUAAUAGUUUUUAGCAAUGUAGUAAAAACAUUCAACUAACUACAAUGUCCGUGGUAAAUAUAAUUAAACUUGAAAAUUAAUAAUGAAAAAAUAACAAAAAUAUAAGACAAAAUGGAAUGCAACAAUUUUUAAAAGGCAUUAACAGUUAACUAGUCAUCAUAUGCCCAGAAGUGCAUUUCAAUGUGACUCUUCAUUCCAAGGGAGACAUUUCCAUAAGGGAACAGGGCCUGAGAAAGCACCAAAAUUUGAUCCAUAGCAGUCAAAAAGCUCUAUAAAAUAGCGAAUAGUAAAGUAAAUGUAAAAAUCAAUCUCAGAUUACCUCUUUGGUGGAGAAUGAACUGGAAAUGGCCAAAAUGCCAUAAUAUUCUAGAUUGCUUGUGAAGAAUACUAGAAUGUCAGAAAAAAAAACAUGUUCCUCUUUUAGGGCAGGGCUUAUAACUUGCUUGCUUGCUAGUUAUUUGCACUCUGAAAACAUUACAUUAUUAUUUUUUUUCAAAUACUUUUCUAAAUGUACAUAUAAAGGGAGAAAGACAGUGGAUCCUGAUCGCUAGAAGCUUCAAAGGUGACAUGCAAAAUGAUCUCUUUUAAGUAUUGUGAUUUGGCAGGUCUGCUCUCCCCAAGCAUUAUAAAGGACUGAUUCAGUUCCACAGAGGAGUAGGAGCGUGGGGGCUCAUGUAACUAAUACUGAUACAGGUUGCCAUGCAUUGCUAAUGAGAAAAGCCUGGCCAAAGCAUCUGCAGCAUUUUCAAAGCUCAAAAGCUGUAUGCAGCAAGCUGGUUUCAUUCCCUACUACCACUUAACAUUUCACUUUUUCAAACUGGAAAGAGUCUGCAAAUUAUUAGUGACUUUUAAAAUGCCUUCCUAAUUAAGGGCAUCAGUCUGGACAAUUUUUUUUACCUUAAGCAGCUACACUGAAAUGAACCUAGUGAGAAAAAUCAAUUUCAUGAUACUGUGGCACAUUUUGGGGGUUCACAUUCUGUUUUUAACUUUCAAAGACUCUAUCUGUGAAUUACAUCUCCUGAAAAGAGCUGCAAGGAAUGAAUUUACUGUAGUUCCUCAAAAAGGAGAUCUCUUAGCAGCUGAGACAACCACUGUUUCAUCAGAUUUUCAUGAUGUAUUUUCUCAGGCUCAAAAUUCAUCAAGAGCUUCUUGUUCUCAAGAUUGUCUUAAUGGAGCAGUUUGCACAAAGACAGGAGUUUGUGACUGCGAGACAUUUCAGGCACAGGGACAGCGCUGCCAAAUCAUUCCAAACAUUGGCAAAGACAGAGGUGGGAUUUGCAAAUCAUGGGGACAAUACCACUUUGAAACAUUUGAUGGCAUCUACUACUACUUCCCAGGAAACUGUUCAUAUAUUUUUGUGAAAGAUUGCAGUGAUCCAGAACCUCAGUACACUGUGUGGAUUAAUAAUAGUCCUCACUGUGCUGGUUCAGUGUAUUCUUGUUUACGGUCAAUAAGUUUGUUCGUUUCAAAUCAGGAUGAAAUACACAUAUCGGGACAUGAUGUUAGAAAGGGUAGAAUCAGGUUGUCUUUGCCCCAAACAGUUGGAAAUAUUUUCAUUGAGAAAUUAGCAAAUUAUAUUUUGGUGAAAACUACAUUUGGCUUUUCCCUAGCUUGGGAUGGAAACUCUGGGAUUUACAUUAAAUUGACAGAAGAACACAAGGGAAAAACAUGUGGUCUCUGUGGAAAUUAUAAUAACAACACAUCAGAUGAUCUCGUAUUACUAAGUAGUGACUAUACAGAAGAUAUAGCUAAAUUUGCUAAUAGUUGGGCUAUACAAAUCCCAGAUGAUGCAACCUGUGAAGCUAUUGCAUCUAGUUUUCCUAGUCCUUGCAACAUUGAUACAGAAUCUUACGAGAGUAUCUACUUCAAGUGCCAAAUACUCCUGCAGUUUCCUUUUCUAAGUUGUCAUCAAAGCAUAGAUCCUUAUCCCUACAUUUCCAGCUGCAUGAAUGACCUAUGUAGAAAGGAUGAUGAUGAAACCUAUUGCCGAGCAGUAACAGAAUAUGCUCGCUCAUGUUCACAUGUAGGCUAUCCUAUUAGAGAUUGGAGAGAUGACUUUCCAGCCUGUACUGACAGUUGUGAAGAUACUUUUAUUCACCGGGAUUGUAUUAGCUGUUGUCCACCAACCUGUACUUUUGAGAAAGACUGUCUAGGUAGUAAUCUCCAUUGCUUAGAUGGAUGCUAUUGCCCAGAUGGCCUUAUAAUGGACAAUGGAACUUGUAUUUCUGCAUCAGAUUGCCCAUGUGUUUAUCAUGGGACAGCUUUCCCUGUAGGUUCAACAAUUGAACAAGAAUGUAGUAACUGCAUUUGUAUGGGUGGUGUUUGGAACUGCACUGAACAUGAUUGCCCAGCUGAAUGUUUAAUUGUUGGUGAAUCCCAUUUCACAACUUUUGAUGGUCGCCAUUAUACCUUUCUUGGGAGUUGUCAGUAUAUUCUGGUAAAAGGCACCGGGAAAGACAAAUUCACACUCACGUUACAGAAAAGUCCCUGUGGACAGAGCAUUGAUUAUGAUUGCAUUCAAUCUUUGACACUAAUUUUUGAAGACGACUUAAGCAAGCAAGUGACUCUCUUCCGGGGUGGUGAAAUACAGUACAGUUCCUUCAGCCAGGGAUUCACCCUAAAUGGAUACAUAGAAGUACAGAACAUGUCUUCAUUGUUUGUGCAGUUAAAAACUACAUUUGGUUUAAAAAUCCAGUUUGCUAAAGAUGGCAAAAGAGUGUAUAUUCAACUCAGCGCUGAGUGGAAGAGCAGAACGAUGGGUCUCUGUGGAACUUAUAAUGGAAAUUUGAGAGAUGAUUUUCUUUCCCCAUCAGGAAUGAUUGAAGGAACUCCACAACUUCAUGCUAAUGCAUGGAAGAUUUCAUCAGCAUGUCACAUACCUGUCAACAUUCCUGUGGUUGAUCCUUGCAACAUUAAUCAACAAAAUGUUGCAUAUGCAUCCCAGUGUGAUCUCAUCAAUCAAGAACUCUUUGCUCCAUGUCACAUAUACAUCAAUCCAGAUUUAUAUUACCAGCUAUGUCGCUUUGAUGCUUGCAAAUGUGGGAGAAGUUGCUUGUGCAAUGCAUUUGCACACUAUAGUUAUAUUUGCAGCAAGCAUGGGAUUACUAUAGAUUUCAGAUCUCAUGUUUCAUACUGUGCAAUAGUAUGCAGAAGUGGAAUGCUGUAUCACCCAUGUUCCUCCUUCUGUGAGCACUCUUGUUCUUCCCUUUCUCUUCUGGAUGCUUGUGAUAAUGACUGCGCUGAAGGCUGUAACUGCCCUGAAGGAAAAUACUUUGAAGAAUCUAUUAAUUUUUGCGUGCCAAUGGCUAACUGUCGAUGUUAUUAUAAAGGCAGAAGUUUUCAGCCUGGAGAAAUUUUGCCCACACCAUCAGGGUCAUGCCAAUGCCUAAAUGGAACAAUGAAAUGCAAUGAAGCAGCAGCUGUCCCUGCAGUGCAUUCAUGUCCUGAUGGAAAGAUCUACUAUGACUGCCAAUCUCAUGUAUCUGGCUUGCCAUCAGGUGGAGUAAACUGUGAACUAACAUGUACAAAUAUUGCUAUGAACUUUACCUGUACACCUUCUCCACCAUGUUUGAGUGGUUGCAUCUGUCCCCCUGGAAUGGCGGAACAUAAAGGAAAAUGUUAUGUGCCUGAUAGUUGUCCAUGCAUGUGGAAGGAUUGGGAGUAUAUAUCAGGUGAAGUGAUAGCAACCUCUUGUUAUACAUGUAUUUGCCGACGUGGGAUAUUUAACUGCACAUACUAUCCUUGUCCUGCUGUAUGCACAGUCUACGGAGAUCGGCAUUAUUAUACUUUUGAUGGAUUAGAAUAUGACUAUGUGAGUGACUGUCAGAUUUAUUUAAUAAAGAGUGUUGACAGUUCAAACUUGUCUCUAAUUGUUCAAAAUAAGAAGUGCUUCGAUAAUGACAUUGUUUGUUCAAAACAUAUGUUGCUAACUAUUGGAGACUCUGAGAUUUUUUUCAGUGAAUCUCUAGACAUAGAGGGGAUGCUGAGGAGACAUGGAGACAAAUCCAAGUAUCAAGUUUGGAAAGCUGGAUAUUAUGUGGCAAUACAUUUUCCAGAGGAAGAGCUCAUGGUAUUGUGGGACAGGAAGACAACAAUGCAUAUCAAAGUUGGAGCUCGAUGGAAGGGUAAAUUAGCUGGUUUGUGUGGAAAUUUUGACAAAUUUACUUCAAAUGAUCUGACUACAUCCAACAAUAUGGAGGUAAAAAAUGCUCAAAUUUUUGGAGAGAGUUGGGCAAUAGGACAGUGUGCAAGUCCAAAUGAGACCAACAAACAAUGUGAAGUCCAUCAGAGCAAAUUCCCCUAUGCCAAAAAAGAAUGUUCAGUUUUAUACAGUGAUAUUUUUGCCUCUUGCCGUACUGUGAUUGACGUAACAUCAUUUGUGAAAAACUGUCAUACAGAUACGUGCAACUGUAAUCUGGGUGGAGACUGUGAAUGUCUGUGUACUAGCAUUGCAGCUUAUGCUCACAAAUGUUGCCAGCAGGGUGUAGUAAUUCACUGGCGAUCUCCUUCUCUCUGUCCUUACGAUUGUGAUUAUUACAACCAAGAACUUGGUAAAGGACCUUAUAUUUUGGCCAGUUAUGGACAGAAUGAUACAGUUAUAGGUGUCAAUGUUAACAGCAAAAAGAUAUUUCCAUUAUUUAGAAACAAGCUCCAAGAAAAUGUAUAUUAUAAUUUUAUGCUAACUCCUGGACUUUACAAAGAUAAAAUUUUAUCUUCAUCUCUGAUUUCACUUGAGUGUGCAGAAAGGCCAAACUACUUUCUUUAUGUACACAAUGACAACAACAUUUUCUUAGCACAGUGGGAUGCAAGUUUGUCAUUUCGUAGAAAAACGACUUUUAUCCAUCACCAAGGACUUUGGAUUCCUGGUUAUAGUGCAUUUGAACUGCACAGUAACAGAGGUUUCUUCCUUACACUUAGCACUUCAGCAGUGAAAAUCUUGAAGUUUGUUGAUUCUGAAGAAUUCAAAAGCUCAAGUAGCUUCAGUAUUGAGGAACUCCAUGCAGCAAUACCUUACAGGAGGAUGUGUGAAUGGAGAUAUGAACCUUGUACAAGUCCUUGUGUUAAAACAUGCGAUGAUCCUGAAGGAACGGCAUGCAAAUUUCUUCCACCGGUUGAAGGGUGCUUACCAUAUUGUCCAAAAGCUAUGAUCCUAGAUGAAGUCACACUUAAAUGUGUUUAUCCAGAAGAUUGCAUUCCUGUGAAACCAUCAGAAUCUUCAUUUGGGACCAAACCAGUUAGAACAAACCCUACAAUGCUAAGUUCCCAGAUAACGAAUAUAUCAGAAACAUUUUCUCAAAUGCCUCUUACUCUGGUUAUUGAAGAGACUGAGCCAACCUAUAUUAACUUAUCCACUAAAAUCACAACUGAACUAACAACUGCCAAAGAUGCUUAUUCAGCAAUGGUAUCUCAUUCAAGCACGCAUUUACCUGAUUUGUUACCAGCUUCAGAAUUCUUUCCUGAAGACAGCUACAACCAAACCACCACACCUGUGCUGCUCAGAUCUCUGUCUCCAACAACUUUCCCAAGUACUUAUGAAGCUCCAAUGGUUAGUGUAAAAACAAUAUCCUAUAAUAAAACUCCUAAUUUCUUUUCAUCAAGUAACCCUGCAUCUACUGCUGUACCAUCAGUGACUGCUUUUUCUUUAAUAACUAAGUCAACUACACCAUUGGAAGUUGCAGUUCCUUCUUCGGUGGUAGCUAGAACUCUUCCAACUUCCACAAUACUGACAGGUUUACCUUUAACACAAACAUUUGCUGUAACUUCAGGAAUCAGUUCUUACCUGUCUACACUUACAACAACUAUGCCUCCAAUUCCUGUAUUUACUUCUAGAUUUACUUCAUUUGCAUCAAGUCCUCCUUAUAGUAUUCCUCUUUCAGACCCAGUGACUAUUCAACCAGAUUUGAAAUUGAUAAAUAAAACAUUAACACCUGCUUCUCUAUUGUCAAAAAAACCACAUCUAACACCUUCUGAACAUAUUGCUUCCUUAACCACAAAAUAUUUUUCCACUGUUGCUGAUGUAGUUAAUAAAACAACUUCAGUUGCAACACAAAGUCCUCUUCCCAUAAAAUCUUCUUUUAGUCCCCAAAUAACCCACACAACGUCAACAUUAAUCCCUCCUCCAAUUACAUCUCAAAGGCCCAAAGGAACUGGGGAAGUGACACUUAUUUCAAAGAGCUUUUAUUUACGGCCUUCCACAGUUUCUCUUCUAGCAGUUUCUCAGACUUCCAAAUCAUCAGAGACAAGUUCAGUUUCAGCAGAAAGUAAACAUGUGUUGCAGACAGAUUCAUCUCCAGUUCCAACUGAUUUUAUAAGUUUGCCAGAGUUUGCUGGUACCAGGGUGUCAAGCAGCAUUCCUAUUAAGAUUUCACAGGAUGAAGCACAAAUAACUGAUGAACCAUUUGAUUCAUAUCCAGAAUCAGAAAUUACAUCAACAGUUAAAAGUGUUGAUUCUUUUGCUACUUCAUCUUUAGAAACCUCUCUUAAAAUGUUGACAACAAGAGCUUUUACUCCUCAGAUUUCUGUUACAGCAUCACAUUCUGAAAGUUUAUCAGCAGUUCCCACCACUUCUGCUGUAGUACCAACUAGCACUGAUAGAAAUAUGCCUGCUAUAUUGCUAAAUGACCAUUUGAGCGUAACAAAUUCAUCUUUAAUUACAAAUAUUUCCACUAUACAUACUAUGUCUUCAGGUUUUUUGACCACUUUUGAUGCAUCAGCUGUGUCUUUGGGAACAAGAAGGCCUUCUUUGACUUCUUCAUUGGAUAGGAGAACUUUAUCUUCCUUAACAGAUGCUCAGUCUGCAGAACCAGCAAUGGAAUCAGCUUUGACUCUGGGCAAACUUUGGAAUAUUACAUCAACCCUACAAGAUAUUACUGAAAAGUACUCAAUCAGCUCCUCAGAAAAUUUAGUUUCUUCUGCUGGCACAAUAGCUCUUCACAAAAUUGCUGAAGUUACUGAAUUCUCUCCCAUAAGUUUUGAUUUUCACACAACUACUACUUCAAUCCCUGUUCUUUCAGUCUCCCAAGCACCCAUUGAUGUUCCAAACAUCACUGUCUUUACACCUAAACCGUGCAAAGACUCUUUACAAACGAUGCCUUUAGAAAUGGAUAAAGUUUCAGACUGGGUCAAAACAGAAAUAAUACAGGCUUCAAAAUUUCAAAAUAUAACAAGCACUUUGUAUGCCUUAAAAGGUAAUAAAACCUCAGAGGAAAACAUUACAAUGUAUGCAAGGACUGAAAAGUCAUCUCUACCACCUGUUCAGAUGACUACUGAUAUGUCUGCUAGUCAAAGCAGCACAGCUUCAGUAAAACCAGUUUUUCUCUCUGAGAUGACAGAUAUAACAUUUGAUUGGUCUAGGAUUCCAUCAACAAAAUCUUACUACAGUGUGACUAAACCAGAGGAAGUAAGUAUCAUCAGCUCACAGAAUUUCACAAUAACAGAUUUAUCUCAAGUCACUGCAAAACUUGUGGAAACCCAAUCCACAGAAACUGAAGUUGAAAUGAUGACAACAAAGACUGAUGAACAUGCUUCAUUUGGCACAAUAAUACAUACACUUGUAUCUGUGACAUCUUCAGAAUGCAUGCCAAGAUACCUUGAUCCUGUAGACAAAUGUAGCCAAUACGUCUGCAUUAACAUGGAAUGGAUGCUGUACAAUCUUUCAAAGAACUGCCAUAAGAAUGUGGAGAAACCUGACUGUGGUUUUCGAGGAAUGCCAGUUCAGACCAACAGUGACAGCUGCUGUCCUGAAUGGGAAUGUCCUUGUCAGUGUUCUAUCCUCUCUGAACUGAGUAUCAUUACAUUUGAUGGAAAUAAUGUUGCACUACAUAAAGUAGCAUCCUAUAUUUUAGUCAAGUUACCCACAGAAAUUAUUGUGGCUCAUAUUGAAAAAUGCCCUGCUAAUCAGAGUGCAAAUUCAAUAAGAAAACUAGUCCCAGCAGGAAGUGCUUCUGGUCUUUGUUUUAAGAAACUUAAUGUAACAAUACCACCUUAUGCAGUACUUAUUAACCGCUUAGCAAGAAAGGUAAUUGUGAAUUCUGUAAUCCAACCUUUGCCUUUCUUGCAAGAGGGCAUAUGUAUUCAGGACACUGGAGCAAUGUAUGUAAUCAAUACCCCAGCUGGAAUCAAUAUUAAAUGGGCUCAUGUUACAGGCAUUAUGGACAUCCAAUAUGGCUUUAACUCUAAUGUAUCUAUAAAGACAGAAGGGCUUUGUGGUGUCUGCAAUGGUGAUCCUUCUGAUGACUUGAAAAUGCAAAAUAGAACAAUAAUUACAAAUAUGGAAGAAGUUGAGAUUUUUAUUAAAAGUUGGGAAAUUGAUAAAUCUUUUGAUGUAACAACAAGAAGACCCGUUAGAAACUGCACAGAGGAUAAUUGUACAUAUUGCAUGGAACUCUUGCAGAAGUGGGUUUUUGCCCCUUGUCACAAAAAAGUCUCACCACAAGAUUUUUGUGAAAAAAUGUGGGUUAACAAUACCUAUUUUGAGAAUUAUGAAUGUGAUGCACUUUCUGCAUAUGUAGCACUAUGCAACAAGCAUAAUAUCUGCAUUAAGUGGAGGACACCAGAUUACUGUUGGCUUGCUUGUCCUUAUGGGAAGGAAUAUCAACCUUGUGUGCAACCCUGUGAUGCUAAAACAUGCCUAAAUAAAUGGUUUUAUGAAAAAUCAUCAUGUUCCUAUUUAAGAGAAGACUGUGUUUGUAAAAAGGGGACCAUUCUUCAUAGAACAGACUCUGACCUUUGCAUUCCAGAAGAAAAAUGUGUCUGUACAGAUAAUGGGGGGCAUCCUCACUCUGUUGGGGAGGUUUGGAUUGGCUCCAAUAAAGGAUGUUGCAUAUAUAAGUGCAUGGAGAAUGGGAGCAUUAUUGAUACAGAGCCUGAAUGUGAUAAGCAGCCAUCUCCAAUGUGUGACAGAGAGACUGAAGUGAUUGUCAGUGUAACUGAAGAACAAACUUGCUGUCCAAAAAAUAUCUGUGAAUGCAACAUGACUCUAUGCAGCCCUAUUAUCCCAGUAUGCAGAAGUACUGAGAAGCUGACAGUCAGAUACACUCCUGUCUCCUGCUGUCCUCAAUAUCAGUGUGAAUGUGAUAUGUCAGCAUGUCCCAAUGUUACUCGUCCAGAAUGCCGAGAAGAUCAGUUUAUUGUGGAAGUAAAAUUGGAUGAUACUUGUUGUUUAUCCUAUUUGUGUGUUUGUGAAUCUUGCAUUGAACCUGUUCCAGAAUGUAAUGAAGAAGAACUUCUUGCAGUAGAUCUUAGUACUGCACAGUACUGUUGUCCUCAUUAUCACUGUGUAUGUGAAGAGAAUCUAUGUCCUUCACCUCUUCUGAAUUGCUCUACUGAUAUGCAACUGAUUAAAAAAACAGUACCUGGACAGUGUUGCCCAGACUGGAAUUGUGAAUGUGAUUGUGAGAACAGUACUGUACCAAGCUGUAAAUUGGGUGAAGUUUGGAAAAUAAGUGCUAAUACUUCUACUACAUGUGGAUGUCCACAAUACAUUUGUGAAAAAAGAAAUGUCUGUAUAUUCCAAGAAGUCACUGUUCUGAACCCAGGUCAGAUAUUGAUUCAAUAUUUGGAUGGAGAACUUUGUUAUACAGCAAAGUGUUCACAAGAAAGGGACCCUAACACAGGAUUUCACACGAUGAAUCUGGCAGUAGUUAAUUGUUCCCAAAAAUGUGAAGCACAUCAAGUACACAAACCAUCUGAUGGUCAACAUUCUUGUUGUGGUUCCUGCAUAAAUGUCUCAUGUCCUUUUUAUACUGACAAUGGAACUCUUGAGAUUUAUGAAGAAGGAAGCACAUGGGACUCAAACUGCAUUAAAUAUGAAUGUGCAAAGAUUGGUGUGGAGACAGUGGUACUUGGCUCCAGUGUGUUUUGCCCACCCUUUAAUGAGACUGAAUGUGUAAAGAAUGGAGGCUCUGUGCAGACCUAUCACAAUGGCUGCUGCAAGACCUGUAAAAGAGAGGAAAGGAUUUGCCAGAAAAUAAUUGUUAGAACUACAGUAAGAAAAGAAGACUGCAUAAGCCAAAGUCCUAUAAGUGUGGCUUCUUGUGAUGGGAAAUGCCCCUCUGCUACAAUUUUUAAUGUCAACAUUGAUAGCCAUUUAAGGUUCUGCAAAUGCUGCUGUGAAAAUGGAGUUCAGACUCUAACAGUGCCACUUUACUGCUCUGGAAAUGGCACUGAAAUUCUGUAUGUCAUGCAGGAACCUACGGACUGUUCAUGCCAGUGGAAUUAAAAAUUUUAUGAUUGCAUACAAACCAAGAUUUUGUUCUUUCCUAUGAUCAGAUUAAUAUUUUCUCAAUUUAAAUAUGGAUAUGUAAAAAGGGGGCAUAUUAAUUUUUGACACAUAUGGAAGACUUAAUUCACUUUACAGUAAUAUACUUCUAUUCAGACAUGUGAAAUAUUUAUGUAAUUCACCAUCAUCAGCCAUUCAAUUGUGUCCGACCCUCAGCCACUCUAUGGAUCAGCAUUCUUUAUAUCUCUCUAUCUUGCAUCACCUCAUUUAGAUGUGCCAUGGUCAUCCCAGAGUCAUUCUUUAUGGUGUUGAGCCAACAGAUACUAAGAUGGCCCCUUCUCAUUUUUCUGCUGAUCACUCCCAGCAUGACAGAUUUUUCAAGUGAGUCAGUUUGCAUGACAUGACCAAAGUAUGACAACCUCUGUUUGGAGAUCUUGACUUCAAGUGAUAUUUUAGGUGAGGUUGUUUGUUAUUUUUGCAGUCCAUAGUAUGUGUAAUAGUUGCCUCCAGCACCAUAGUUCAAAGGCGUCCACCCUUCUCCUAUCUGCCAAGUUUUGCAGUCAUAAAUAGCAAUCAGAAAAAUUAUUGUAUUAACUAAUCUGCAUUGGUUGUGAGGGUGAUCUCUUUACUCUUCCAGAUGUUAUUCAUGCCAGACAUUGCAGUUCUUCUAAGUGCUAUACGCCUUCUGAUCUCAUCUAUGUAAUUAGCCAACAUUAACUACCUAACACGUGCCUAGUUCUGGGGUUAUAUAAAAACUUUGCAGUUUAUCAGCUUCCACUGACAUCAUUAAUUGUUCCUCAAGAAUCCCAUUCUGCAUUGUAAUAUUUGUGAUGUUUUAUUAAAAUUUUGAAAUCCAUAACCUAUUUCUUAUUUUUCUGGUUCUAGCCUUUUCUAGCGUACUUUUUAUUACUAUGACUGCAUGUGGUAAUUUCUUAUAAAGCAUUUUGACAUUAUUUUAUAUUUACAAGAAUUUAUGCAAAAGUAAAUGAUAGUUUCUAUACUUUGCCUGGAUUAAAGUGUAAUUUGAAAUGCUGUAUGCACUCCUUAAGAGGAAAAUGCAUGAAAAAGCUGCAAGUUUUUUUAGAAAGCACAUGUUGUGUAGAAGGUUAACUAUAAUAGACUAAUGUAUAUUUUGUGCAAUUGUUCAUGGUAUUUCCAAUAUCUCUUUUAAACACUUGAUUAUGUGUUACAAUAUUUGUAAUACAUAAAAUACUUAUAUAAAUAAAUAUUUUUUAAAAGGAA